AUGGCGACAGAAGCGGAGGAGGAGGCCAACAGACCGUUCGCCGGGCUGUCGGACGUCUCCAUCUCGGAGGACAUCCCGGUGGAGGGGGACAUCUCGGUGCCCGUCGGCCCUUCCGCCAGGCGGGGCGGGGACGACGAGUUCUCCACGCUGGACGAGCCCGUGAAGGAGACCGUUCUGCGGGACCUGCGCGCCGUGGGGAAGAAGUUCGUCCACGUCUUGUACCCGAAGCGGAGCAGCGCGCUGCUGCGGGACUGGGACCUGUGGGGCCCGCUGCUGCUCUGCGUGACGCUGGCGCUGCUGCUGCAGGGGGGCGCGGCCGACAGCGACUCCCAGGGGGGCCCGCAGUUUGCUGAGGUCUUCGUCAUCGUGUGGUUCGGCUCCAUCAUCAUCACCCUGAACUCCAAGCUGCUGGGCGGCACCAUCUCCUUCUUCCAGAGCCUGUGCGUGUUGGGCUACUGCAUCCUGCCGCUGACGGCGGCCAUGGCCGUGUGCCGCAUCGUCCUCGUCGCCAGCUCGGGCGCCGUCAGCUUCGCCGUGCGGCUGGCGGUGGUGACGGCGUCCUUCGGCUGGUCCACCUUCGCCUCCACGGCGUUUCUCGCCGACAGCCAGCCCGCCAACCGCAAGGCACUGGUGGUGUACCCGGUGUUCCUCUUCUACUUCGUGAUCGGCUGGAUGGUGCUGACGUUCUCGCCGUCACAGUAGACGAGAGGAGAAGUGUUUGUUCAACGGAACAAAAGACGAGGGAGGUUUCUUUUUUGUUUUUCGUGGAGUGAAAGAACUCCGAUAAACACCGGUUUCUGCCUUGGAGCGAAGACGAAUGACUACUGAUGAGACUGAGUGUUUCUGGGCCUCUGAUGAAGCAUUUAGACUCAUGGGAGACGCACACAAUAUAUCUUUUUAGGCAAAGCAACGACUUGAAUCCAGAGAAGUCCGGCGGACGCUGUGCUGCAGAUGAAGAGUUAAGAAGCUUAUGAAUAUGUUCCAUAGCCGUGUAAAUAUAAAUGCUCCAUGAAUGUCUGAACUAACAGGGCAUCAAAUAUUAUUAUAUUCCUCCUGGUAUGUUGGAAACCUCAUCGUGUCUUCAUGACACUCCUUUAUUAAAACAUCCUCAGCUUUUCAUCUUCGCACUACAUUCUUUGUCGGUGAUCUCCGGACAAAUCUAGUCAAAGGUGUGGACACAGAGCAUCUCCUCAUCAGUCUCACGGGAAGAACUCUUUCUUUUAGGGCCGGGUAUCGUCUGAAACAGACACGUGUAGUUCUGUUUAAACUUCUCUGUGUGCUUGUGUGUAUCCACACAUGUUGGUCGGUGGGUAAAUUCUUUAGCACACAUGGUCAGAAGGUGAAUCUUUAUCACGCAGAUGGAUGCACAGACAAUUAGUAUUUAAGACGAGUGUGAUGAUGCGGUUACUUCCUGUCUGCUGUGCUCUCUGCGUUGAGUUCAAGCUCAACUCACAUUUAUUUUUGUUGGUCUGUGCCGGUUCUUUGGCGUGUCUGGGUCAUUGCAUUGUGUUGCAUCGUGGGAGAUGAGAAAAGAAAGAAGCUCACAUCUCUCGGCUGCAGAAAAACUAACAAUACCAGCGUUAAAGUAGUCAGAAGAUUUACGAGAGAUUUAAAAACAGACUAGAUUAGUUUGUCUUUUUCCUGGAGGAUACACACAUGGUUUUAGAAUUUAAGAGUGAGAAGCUUCUCAACCGAACCAGGACACCGACGUUCAAUCUCCCGCCAUCGACCCCACAGCUGAAGGGUCACAGCUUCCUGCAGAGUUGGAACGGCAUUCUGGGAAAAUGUAAGAAAUCACCAACUGAUGCUGAUGAGGAUGCAGCAGCUUCAGGGAAAGCUUAACACUUUCAUGAUAGAAAAUAGAUGAUGUCAUGAUUUAGUUUGUACACGUCAGUCAUCUCAGUCUGACGCUUCCUCUGCAUCAUGACCUUUGACCCCUGCUCGGUCCACAGAUAACAACCCGUUCUUUAUGUUCUAUCUCAUCACUGGGGCUUUGUUGAUUUAUUUUAAUUUAUAUGUAUUAGGUUGCAUCAUCGAAUGAGAAAGAUUAAAAUAUAUUUCAUCAGCUGUGA